AUGGCGACCUGGGCUGUGCUGCCCACUGUGAGCUCUGGCGUUCACCGCCGUCCUCACCGCGCGGUGCCCGUCCUCGCGCGCACCGCGCGGUGGUCACCGCCGUCCUCGCCGUGUCCGCGCAGCGCGCGGAGCAAAGGCCUUGCCCUCUUCGCGGGUCUUGCCACCUACUCGGCAGAGGCGCAGCGCAGCCGCUUGGGAGGUGCUGCAGGGCCUGCAAUUCCAUGGCCAGAUGUGCGGCUGUGGGUUCAGAAGCUUCCAGAUGGCACUGCACGGGUGUCGCGGUCGCGGAGUGCCGACGCCUUCCUGGCCUUUGACGCUUAUUCCCAGCCCAUGCCCGGCACUCGGGAAGUGCGGCUCGGAGACCUGCGCUUCUUUGCCUUCGUUGGCCCUCGCUUGGGCGCCGAACACCUGGUGAUUUGGCGCACCACGGCGGAUGUCCAAGCCAAGGCAGAGGAGUACCAGGCCGCGGCGGCUGCGAGGACGGCUAGCAGUGACGCAGACGCAGCGGGCGCUGACCUGGAGUUGCUGCAGGACGCACGCAUCCGGCUCACCAAGUGCUCGGACAAGGCACAGCUCACGGCGGCGGUGUGGCGUUGGGAAAAGCUGGAUGAACGAGAUCCACACCGAUACUGGGAGGUGGGCGAGGAUGCCUGGAUGUACUGGGAAAGCUUCUGGGCCCCAUCCGAGGACGCCGCGCUGGCGCUGGAGGGCCCGGCCUUCGGUGACCGGGCUGGUGCCAUGCUGCAGCCCACCUUGCCAGCCUCGACCCUCUUGGUGUCCCCCGCGAAGUCCUCCAGCAUCUUGAGUCAGGACCUGCCGGGCGGAGACGAACAAGAUCGGAUUGCAAGGGCGGCGAUGAAGGACAAAGCCUACUCCAUCGUCUACGAAUACAACGUCUGGGGAAGCGAUGUCUCCCGCUCUGGCACGGGCUCGGACCUCUGGAGCCCCGAAGCCCGUCUGGCAGUGACCGCCUUGGAGGCCGUGGUGGAUGCCUUCGAGAUCCGCAGCAUGUUGGACUGCGCCUGUGGCGAUGCCACCUGGAUGGUGCCGUUCUUCGUGGCACGGCACCCGGAGAUCGACUACACCGGUGUGGACGUGGUGUCGGAGGUGGUCGAGCAGAACCGCCAACGGCAUCCCGCGGUGAAGUUCCUAGCGCAGGAGACGACCCAUAUCUCGGUCGAUUCAACUGGUGACCCUGAUUGGCACCACAAAUCCCUGGAAGUCCAGACGAUUGUCUUAAAACGCUUCAACGCCUCGCCCGACUUCGACGUGUUGAAGCCCUUCGACCCCCGCGCCGCGUCCACGACGGCCGGUGCCCCGGUGCCCGGCAGCGUGGACGUGGCGCCGCCGGGAAAGCUGGGCCGGCGGGGCGUGGCGAUGUACCGGACCCACUUCGUGCAGAACGGAAGGUUUGCGCGUCUACAGUUCAUGGGAUGCUCCUUCUAUUGCCGGGUCUUUGUGGACGGCAAAGAGGUGGGUGAGCACCGCGCUGGUGGUUUCGUCCCCUGGUUCCUGGACUUGGAUGCUGCUGACCUCUCCGGAACGGCGGGCGGAACCGCCUCUUCUCGAAGCCGCGAGCUGUUUCUGCUGGUGGACAACCGAUUCAACGCCACGACGGCACCCAUGCACACAGGCGGAGACUUCUGGCACUAUGGCGGCCUGGUGCGGAGCGUGCUGCUUCAUGACUUGCCGGAGGAUUCUCAGACGCCCUACGUGUGGCGGGCCCAGGUGCUUCCGAAGAGCUUGGAUGAGGUCGAUGUCUAUGUGACCCUGACCUCCAAAUUCAAUGGCUUCAUCCGCUGCCAAGUCGCCUUCGAUGAGAAUGAACCGGCGCUCCUAAAUGCCACGGCGGUGAACGGCAAGUUCAGCUUCCAUUCCCUUCGCGUGCCGCAGCCGCGCGUGUGGUCCUUGCAGACCCCGCAGCUGCACACGCUGCGCCUCAGCACCUUUGGUGCUGAGACGAUCGAGCGCUUUGGGCUGCGGCUUUGGGGCACGAGCCGCGGACGGCUCACCUUGAACGGGGAAGAGGUGAAGCUCCAUGGCUGGAACCACCACACCCAAUGGCUGGACACCGGCGCGUCGCCCACGGCGGCGCAGCUGGACGGCGAUCUGGCGCUGCUGAGGAAUGCGAACGCCAACUUCGUGCGGGGCGCGCACUACCCGCAGGACCAACGCUGGUUGGAUCGCUUGGACGAAGAGGGCUUGGCCAUGUGGGAGGAAACUCUGGGGCCUCAGGUCAAGGUGGAGAACACUUUGGAUUGGAACUACUUCAUGAAGUACCAGUUGCAGCAAAUGGAAGAAAUGAUGGAAGCGAGCAUGAACCACCCGUCCAUCAUGGUCUGGGCCUGGUUCAACGAAGGUCCCUCCAACGACCCGCGCGCCUGCCCGGCCUACGCGGCCUGCGCACAGGUCGCGAGCCGCGAUCCCACGCGGUUGCGGAGCUGGGCGUCCAACAAGAAGGAUCAGGACAGAUGCUUGAGCCAUGCGACGGCUGUGAGCUUCAACAGCUAUCCUGCCUGGUACCACGACGUGCAUGACCUGAAUGCACCGCGUCGGGAGUGGAGCGCCAGCAUCGCAUGGGCCAAGGAGAAGUUCCCGGAGAAGCCAUUCUUCAUCAGCGAAACGGGUGCUGGUGGACUCUUUGAGUGGAAGAAUCAGACUGAUGCAUACUGGACACUGAAGUAUCAGCAGGAGGUGAUUGAUCGGGAUGUGGACGUCGCUUUGGAGAAUGCCAAUGUCUCCGGCCUGACCUUGUGGCACUUCUUCGACUUCAAGGGCAACGACGAGGCCCAAGCGUGUGGGCCGUGCCACUACGAAGCUCAAAGCUUGCCACCCACCUGUGCGUGGUACAAUUUGACGGGUGACUGCGCCCAUCGAUCAGGUGGACUGAACCACAAAGGUGUGGUCGAUGCCUAUCGCCGCAAGAAGCCCGCCUUUGACUCGGUGAAAGCCAAGUACGGACGACCUCCUUCAUCUGCGCGGCCGAGUCUCGUGGUUGACCUCUCAGAGCUGCCGCUGCCCAGGGGUGCCCAGUUGAUCUUCUCCAAGGAGACGGUGAACCACAUGCACCUUGAGGAUGCGUUGCGCGCGAUCCAGCGCUUUGCCCAGACGGGUGCCCGCUAUUUGCUCACCAACGUACAUGAAGGCGUGGACAACUUCGUGGGCGCCCAGAAGACUUGUCACACGACCUACAUCAAGUACGACUAUGAGCUUCCGCCCUUCUCACUGCCGAAGGUGGUUCGAGUCAUCGAGUAUCAGGGCUUAGAGACGUCUUACACGCUCUUCAAGCUGAACUCUGAGUAG